AUGUCGUACAUGAACAAUACCUUUCAAUCGAAUUAUGAUUACUCUAAAGACAAGAAUUUCAUGUCAACAGACAUUGGGCCGUCCAUGCGCGAAAUGAAAGCGCAGAGGCGGCGCGCCCGGCCAGCGGAGAACGCCGGAGCAGAUAACCCAUACAUUCCACAAUUCAUUUCCAAGGCACCGUGGUAUGCACAGGACGACGAGGCCGUCGAGAGACUGGCCCAUCAACGUAUCACAAAAGAGGAGACGCCCAGCGGAGGUCGGUCGUCUUUGGGAGGCGAGUGGUAUGCUCGAGGAAAACGGGCAGGUCCAGCAGCAACCAAGUACCGGAAAGGAGCCUGUGAGAACUGCGGAGCAAUGACACACAAGGCCAAGGAAUGCAUGGAGCGGCCGCGUAAGCGUGGUGCCCGCUGGACGGGCAAAGACAUCCAAGCAGAUGAGAUUGUGCAAGACAUCGACUUGAGCUGGGACGCCAAGCGGGACCGCUGGAACGGUUACGAUGCAGAGGAGUACAAACGAGUGGUCGAGCGGUACGAAUUGGCCGAGAAACUCGCGAAACAAACGUCGAGCGUCGGUGAAGGAGGCAAGCAUUCAGAUGCUACAGACAAGACGGGCGGCAGCGACUCGAUGAAAACAAGUGGGGCUUCCACACCCGCAACAACAGUUUCUAAAACGGAAACAAAUGCUCCUCUGCCGAGUCAGAGUCUUCGCAUGCGAGAAGACAUUGUUGCCUAUCUCCGGACCGACCAACCAGACCUGCAGUACGAACCCAAGUCGCGGUCUAUGCGAGACAAAACGGGUGCACAGUACAUUGACGAUUCUGCGUCCGGAGAGGGCUUCGUCCGUGCUUCUGGCGGAGACAAGGAAAAGUUUGAGCAGCUGCAACUGUUUGCAUGGGAAGCCGAACGCCAAGGUGAUCGUAUGCAUGUCGUCGCCAACCCGACUGCUGCGGAGGUGUUAGCACGCAAGAAGCUUGAAGGACGGAGUACAGAUCGCAAACGCAUUGACGAGUCGGUGCUUCAGCGGUAUGGCAUCCAAACCGAGCAUUCCAGCGAGCAGCUCAAUGCAGCUUCUGAAGCGGACAAAGAGACAACAGACGCUACAAAACACCGCAAGGUGGAGGGACCGGAUGGCGAAGCAUCUCAGAAAGAGGAAUCCGCUCGGGAAAAGAAGACGACGGAAACAAAGGCGGAGGAGAAUGCAGAGAAGAAUCUCGUUAUCGUUGAGGAGUAA